AUGGCCGCCACCACUGUCAAAGGUUACAUGACCCCAACUGAGGUCGCUAUCUCCCAAGAACAAACCACUUGGGCGGAACAACAAGCACUUCCAACUGCAACUUCAGUCAAUGAUUUGGUGAAAGUCCUUGACCCUACAGCUAGAUUACCUUAUCUGGCUAGCAGGAACUUGCCCACCCCACCUACGACCGCUCCUUCGGUAUGCUCAGGAUACGACGAAGAACAUCCAGCAUUGUCAUCUACGAUUCACGAGAAUUCCGUUCACGCGUUGAUCCAACAAAUCAUCUCGUCAAGAGUCGAACAAUCAGAUGAUGAUGAAUCAGCUUUCUUCGCAUGUGAUCUUUCAGCGAUCUAUCAAUCUUACUUAGAAUGGAAGAACUCGCCUAUCGGCAAACGAGUAGAAAUCUUCUAUGCGACCAAGUGUAACCCUUCACCUCAAGUCUUACACUUGCUUUCACUCUUGGGAACCUCCUUCGACUGUGCCUCCAUGUCGGAGAUCAACGCUGUCUUAUCACUUCCAUCUGCUCCUUCUCCCGAUAGAAUCAUCUUCGCCAACCCUUGUAAACCCGCAUCAUUCAUCAAGAAUGCUGCUGUCAAGGGAGUAGAAAUGAUGACUUUCGAUAAUGCCGAUGAACUCUACAAGAUCAAGAAGCUCUAUCCUACUGCCAAAUUAGUCUUGAGAAUCUUGACGGAUGAUUCCAAGUCGUUGUGCAGACUAGGUUUGAAAUUUGGUGCGCCUUUAUCAACUUGUCCAGGAUUAUUAGCAUUGGCCAAAAAAUUGGAUCUGAACGUCAUUGGAGUUUCUUUCCAUGUUGGUUCAGGAUGCAAAGAUCCGAUGCAAUUUGCUGAUGCGGUAUGGAGGGCAAGAAAAGUGUUCGAUAUGGGGAAAUUAGCGGGAUACGAUUUCACGUUACUUGAUAUUGGUGGUGGUUUUGAAAGAGAAACUUUCCCAGAGAUGACUCAGGUGUUAAGUGAUAGUUUCGACUUGUACUUCCCUGAAGAGAGUGGAGUCAGAAUCAUCGCUGAACCUGGAAGAUUCAUGGUUUCAAGUGCCUUCACCCUUGCUACUUCCAUCAUCGCCUCUCGACGAGCUCAACAACCUAUCGCCGGUGCUCCUGCGCCAGCUGAAGAACAAGAGGAAGAGGAGAAGACUGAAGGUGCCGCCGAUGUGAUGUAUUACAUCAACGAUGGUGUCUACGGUUCUUUCAACUGUAUCAUGUUCGAUCAUCAGAUCGUUCAUCCCCACCCUCUUACCAUCGGUGGUGAUCUGACUUCUACCGCACCACCUUUCCCCCCUUUGCCCAACGUCGCUGUCGAUGUCGAUCUACCAGUUCAAAUGGGAUAUACCAACACCGAGAAAGCGAGCGUGUGGGGACCUACGUGCGAUUCUAUCGAUUGCGUAAGGCAGUUGGUCGAUAUGCCUAAGGGGAUGGAAGUGGGAGAUUGGGUAGGAUGGACCGAAAUGGGUGCUUAUACUUUAUGUGCAGCAAGUACUUUUAAUGGUUUCGAUCGUUCACCUGUUCAUUGGACUACAGGCGACCAAUCCAAAUCAGAAUCAAAAUUCGUUAAAAGGGUAUUAGAAGAAUUCAAUUCUACUUCCCUUCGUUGA